AUGAUUACGCCUGGGCCCUCGCUCGUCCCCAUGGGUACUCCUACGCCCACGCCUACCGCAGCAUCGUCUAAUGUGCCGCCACCAGUUACGACGACACAGUCCAAUGGGGAGGUCGUGUCCUGCGCCUCAGGAAAGUCCCCCGACGGCGACAAAGCAACAGCCGAAUGCGCCGGAGAAACCAAGGUAAUCUCCACCGUGGAAUCUAUCGCCUCUUCCUAUUCCGCCGCGGAAUCUGCUUCUACGUCUCGGAUGGCAGAAUUUGUGUCGUACAUGGGUGCUGUGCAUGCAUCUGCUGCCGCAUCGAAGUCUGCUUCCGAGGCCGCCGAGGCCUCCUGGACUUCCGCUGCGGCGAAGCCAUCUGCCUCCUGUGAUAUAUUGAACGACAAUGGAUAUAACACGGUUGUAUUUAGGAUUGCUGGUAUCAACGGAUGGACUGAUGGGCAGUCGUUCUCUGACACCCUGAGGAAUAAAUGUCACAAAAACGGAUUCUUCGUGAAUUUCAGAAUCAAUGAUUACCUCUGGUACAAGCAUGAAAAGUCACAAUUCGAAGGCAGAGAGCGAAACACUGAGAAGGUUACGUUCGCAAUGACCGGCUUCAAGAACGGCUGUGUUGAAGAUGCCAUUCGGGAGGCCGGUGGACCUAGCCAUACCUGCGAUCAUAAAGAGGGGGAUAAGUUGCCGCCGAAGAAUCUGCAAGAGGCAAAGGACGCCGGAGAGAACGUUGAUGAUAUUCUCAUGAUACCUUUGAAAACGUAG